UGUGAGUUACAUUCAGUUAUCUUUGAUAAAAUUAGAGUAAAAGAAAGUUUGUGGGGAGAAAACUCAUCCUUCUUCCAUUGAUGAGUAGUGAAGUUACUACUGCAUCAUAAAAGCUUCAAUGGGUUUAGUGCAUGCAUGGAUUUCCUUGAGAAUCAUUCAAGAAUUGAACAUUAGAGACAAGAAAAGGCUUCUGGGGUGACAUUCAUGGGGCUUCAUAGAUGGUGGCAAGUUACAUUGGUAAUUGUGUGUUUGUUUUCAUCAUCUCUUGUUGAAGGUUUGAACACUUAUUCUGAUCGUAAAUCACUGGAUUCCUUUCUUCGCAUGCAAGCAAAUGAAGAGAUAAAAAAUCCUAAAACAGGUGUUCUCUAUAAUGUUUCCCUUCCUUCCAACUUAACAGGUAUGGAAGUUUCAGUCGUUAGAUUGCGCAGUUUUUCUUUAUGGUCAAGAGGAAUGAACUACAGUUUCUUCAACCUUCCACCACGGAUUAUGUCUCGGCCAAGCCAGAAAAGAAUAGCCAUUUUGUACGAAAACUUAGGCAAUUUUUCUUCUUAUUACUACAAUGUGCCUAACCACACAAUGGUGGCUCCAGUUUUCGGUGUCAUGGCUUACAGUUCUUCAGACUCAGCAUUCGUGGAUGAGAAGAUUAACUUUACCAUUCAUGGUGAUCCCAUCAAAAUUUGGUUUCCUCUUGCUGAUGAACGUGGGAGAAAUCACACUCCUCUUUGUGCUAAGUUUACUGAUAAUGGGUUGGUGAAAUUGAAGAACAUGACUAAGCCAUAUGUUUGUGAAGUACACAGACAAGGGCAUUACACUCUUGUAAUUCCAUCAUUUCCUUUUCCAAAUGAACUUCAUACUCACAGUCAUGGCAGGAGAUUUGCCACAUGGUGGGUGUUGGGGUUUGCAAUAGGUUUCAUUGGGUUGGUUGUUUUGGGUUUGAUCUUGUUAGCUUUGGUUAUGGAGGUCAAGAAGAGAAAAAUAAGAAAAAUGGAGAAAAAUUCAGCUGGGGAAGAGCUUUUUGACACAUUUUGGAUUGGAGAAACUAAAUUACCAUUAGCUACAUCGAUUAGAACACAACCAAUCCUUGAGAAUUAAAAUGUACAUUAAUAUCACUUGUGAUACUUUUAUGCAAACAGAUGAGUACAUAAAUGUUAUCUUUUCAACUUUGGUCCUUAUCAACAAAACAAUUGUUCAAUCAACAACAAUAGAAACUAUCCUAUAUUUAUGUAGUUAUUACAGCUGUUAAUAGCACUUUUAUUUCAUGUUCUGUUUUCACUU